AUGAGAUUAAUGUCAGUACAGUCAAAAACUGAAUCUCAGUCAAGGUUUCAGUUCUGCACGUUAUAUAAAUGUGUGGAGAUUCACCUGGAGCACAACAGCCUGCUGAGCACAGCACAGUCCCUAAAGUGAGACUCACAGCCUCAGAAUAGGCCACUUAAUACUGUCGCCUUAAAGUUAAAUACACUUACAUUUCUGAAUUAAUUUGGACUGUUUAAUUGUAAACAUGGUUCUCCUUUAUUAGCUGUUGUUUUCUUGAUGAGCAGCUGUUUUCACUCUGCUUUAAACGUAAAUUUGACUGCAUUUUCAUUCGUCUUCUUCUACAGGAUGUCUGUUUCUCCAGCCUGCGCUUUUCUUCUCCUGUUUUGCUUUGGCACCGUACUCACCCCUGCCCAAAGCUAUCUCCUCCAGCCCUGUGCGCCCAUCAACGAGACCGUGUCCGUGGAGAAAGAAGGCUGCCCGAAAUGCCUGGUGUUUCAGACCACCAUCUGCAGCGGACACUGCCUCACCAAGGAGCCGGUGUACAAGAGCCCGUUCUCCACCAUCUAUCAGCACGUGUGCACCUACAGGGACGUCCGCUAUGAAACCGUCCGCCUGCCCGACUGCCCUGCUGGCGUGGACCCCCACGUCACGUAUCCUGUGGCUCUCAGCUGUGACUGCAGUCUGUGCACCAUGGACACCUCUGACUGCACCAUCGAGAGCCUGACGCCAGACUUCUGCAUGAUGCAGAGAGAGUUCAUAGCUGACUACUGAACAUCAUACAGCACACGUCCCAACUGGAAGGAUCUGCACGAGUCCAUUUUACUCCACACACUAAAUGCACUGUGUUAAUGAAUUACAAUAUUAACUAUAAUAAACAAACAUCUUUUAAAAA